UAUCGUUUCUCAGCAACGUUUUCAGAAGUCUCGGGUUCGAGCUCUGGCAGCUCCUCUUUCUUCGGCUUCUCCUUUAUUUUUUAAAUUUUCAACCAGAGUGCGCCCCUCCGCCGUUACGAUCAAUCAACACGAUGAAAUCCGCCAACGUCAAAACCCUAGAUUUCACCAGGCAGCCCUUUAUCGAGCCCGAUACGCACCGUACGGUAAAGGAACUGAAAUUUACCGUUAUGUCCCCGGCGGAGAUUAUGAAACUGGCGGAAGUUCAAAUCUACAUUGGCGCGUAUUACAAUUCCGGUUGGAAACCCAUCGAAGGCGGCUUACUGGACCCGCGGCUCGGCCCGGCGAGCAAGCGGUUAAUCUGCGCCACUUGUGGCGGGAACCACGUCGAGUGCCCGGGGCAUUUUGGGUAUUUGGCCCUCGCACUCCCCGUCUACAACGUCGGGUAUCUGGGCACGGUUGUGAACGUCCUGAAGUGCAUCUGCAAGAAUUGUUCUGGGUUUCUACUGAAGGACGAAAUGCGGGUGGAGUAUUUGAGGAAGAUGAGGAAUCUGAAGGAUCCUAUGAAAAAAAUCGAACUGAUGAAAAUUGUGGUGAAGAAAUGUACUGCAUUGUGUGCCGGUAAUCGGCGGGCGGAGUGCUGGAAAUGCGGGUAUGUGAACGGGACGGUGAAGAAGGCGGUUGGGAUGAUCGGUAUUCUUCACGACCGUUCGAAAUUUGAAGAUGUGAUGGAUGAGUUGAGAAAAACAAUGGCGGAGACUAAAGUCUCCGCAGCGGGGUUGAGCGUGGAAGCUAUGUUAGACCCCGCAAAAGUUUUCACUUUGUUGAAAGAGAUGAGCGAUGAGGAUUGUGAGGUGCUUUAUUUGUCUACUAGACCGGAGAAUCUCUUGAUAACCAACAUUCUGGUGCCGCCUACUGUGAUUCGCCCUUCGGUUUUGGUUGGGGGAGAAGUGAGCAACGAGAAUGACAUUACGGUGAGGUUGAAGCAGAUCAUUCAGUCGAAUGCGCGCCUUACGCGCGAUUUGUUUGAUUUGAGGCUGGGGUAUGCCCCCGGGGUUAAGCGGAGUUGGGAUGAACUUCAGGUUGAGGUUGCGCAGUACAUAAAUAGUGAGGUUCGUGUGCCUUUCACAAUGCAAGGUGGGAAUCCGUUGAACGGUUUUGUGCAGCGGCUCAAGGGGAAGCAAGGGCGUUUUCGCGGGAAUUUGUCUGCGAAACGUGUGGAAUAUACUGGAAGAAGUGUUAUAUCUCCUGACCCUAAUCUGAAAAUCAAUGAGGUUGGAGUCCCCAUUGAAAUGGCUCAAAUCUUAACGUACCCCGAACGGGUUACAUGUCAUAAUAUUGAGAAGUUGAGGAAGUGUGUGAGUAAUGGACCUCAUAAGUACCCCGGUGCCAGAUCCUUACAUCGUGAUGGUGAAGAAUUCUCCUUGGCGAUUACGAGGAUCAGUAAAAAUCUGGCUGAUGGACUCCAAUACGGUGACAUAGUUGGACGCCAUCUACAAGACGGUGACAUUCUUCUUUUCAACAGACAACCAAGCUUGCAUAGGAUGUCUUUCAUGUCUCAUCGGGCUAAGGUUAUGCCUUGGAGGACGCUGAGGUUUAAUGAAUCUGUUUGCAAUCCGUAUAAUGCUGAUUUUGACGGCGAUGAGAUGAACAUUCAUGUCCCGCAAACAGAGGAGGCGCGGGCAGAGGCUGCUUUGUUGUUAGGGGUGGAAAACAAUUUGUACACACCCAAAAAUGGGGAGAUCUUGGUUGCUUCAACUCAAGAUUUUCUGACAUCCUCUUUCCUUAUAACGAGGAAGGACACAUUUUAUGACCGUUCAUCAUUUUCACUCAUGUGUUCAUAUAUGGGAAGUGGCAUGGAUCCAGUUGAUCUUCCAACACCUGCCGUGAUUAAACCAGUAGAGCUGUGGACAGGAAAGCAAUUGUUUAGUGUUCUCGUACGCCCAAAUGCAAAUGUGAGAGUCUAUCUGAAUCUAACUGUCACGGAGAAGUCCUACACCAGCACCAAGACCGAAGAUGGGAGAGAAAUUGAAGCAAUGUGCCCGAAUGAUGGGUUUGUCUAUUUUCGUAACAGUGUGCUCAUAGCCGGGCAACUUGGGAAGGCUACAUUGGGAAAUGGCAACAAGAAUGGACUUUACUCUGUUCUUCUCAGAGACUAUAAACCUCACGCAGCUGCUGCUUGCAUGAAUCGCUUAGCUAAGUUAAGCGCACAAUGGAUUGGUAACCACGGAUUCUCAAUUGGGAUAAGCGAUGUUCAGCCAAGUGGCAAUUUGCGCGAAGAGAAAGAGAAGAUAAUUAAAGAAGGCUAUGAAAAAUGUUAUGGCCAGAUAAAGUUGUUUAAUGAAGGGCAGCUCCAACUUAUACCGGGUUCUGAUGCAGCACAGUCGCUUGAGUCGGGGAUAACUAGUGUAUUGAACAACAUCAGAGAUCAAACCGGAAAGUUGUGUAUGCAAAAGCUGCAUUGGAGAAAUAGUCCCUUGAUCAUGUCCCAGUGUGGUUCUAAAGGAUCUGCCAUCAAUAUCAGCCAGAUGGUUGCUUGUGUUGGCCAGCAAUCGGUUGGUGGUUGUCGUGCCCCCAACGGGUUCAUAGACCGAAGCCUUCCACACUUCCCUAGAGGUGUAAAAACCCCUGCCGCUAAAGGGUUUGUUGCUAGCUCAUUUUACAGCGGCUUGAGUCCUACAGAGUUUUUCUUCCAUACAAUGGGAGGGCGAGAGGGGCUUGUGGAUACAGCUGUGAAAACAGCUGACACUGGGUACCUGAGUCGUAGAUUGACCAAAGUUAUGGAGGAUCUGUGUGUUCAGUAUGAUAAAACCGUGAGAAAUGCGAGUGGAUGUAUACUUCAGUUCUGUUAUGGAGAUGAUGGGAUGGAUCCUGCAGUGAUGGAAGGAAAAGAUGGAGCUCCGUUGGACUUGCCCCGGUUGUUUCUGAAAGCGAAAGCCACAUGUCCUGCCGGCAAAAAUGAGUACGUGUCUCCUGAUCAAGUGUCUGAAAUAGUGAGAAGAAGGCUUUCUGAACCAGAUAUGACUCCUGAGGCCGGGUGCUCUGCCGGUUUCAAAACUUCUUUGGAAGAAUUUUUGGAUGAGUAUGUAGAAUCAUUCAGAAAAAAACAUGAGAUAUUUAUGUUUGAUGAUGAUCAAAUCCCUGCUUGGAAGGAGAAGAUUGUGCAAAAUAUCGCGGGUGUUACUUCUAGACAGUUGGAGGUUUUUCUUGAUACUUGCAUUUCACGUUACCAUUCGAAGAAGAUUGAAGGUGGAACAGCAAUUGGAAUAAUCGGAGCUCAAAGUAUUUGCGAGCCUGCGACGCAGAUGACACUGAAAACUUUCCACUUUGCUGGAGUUGCAAGCAUGAACAUUACACUCGGAGUCCCCCGAAUCAAGGAAAUAUUAGACGCGGUGAAGAACAUCCACACGCCAAUCAUCACUGCGGCACUCGAAUGUGAUACUAACGAAAAAUCUGCAAGGGUGGUAGCAGGGCGGAUUGAGAGAACAAGUCUCGGGCAGAUUGCUGAGAGUAUACAGAUUGUGAUGACUGCAAGAUCAGCAUCUAUAGUGAUCACGCUCGAUAUGUCCAUGAUUCAAGAUGCGCGCUUGUCCGUGGAUGCCAAUGUGGUGAAAGAAUCGAUUUUACAAAUUCGGGGAAAACUAAAGUCAGAAAAUAUCAAGGUUUUGGAUGUCAGAAAAUUGGAAGUUUUUCCUGUAGAGACUGACAGGAACAAACUUUAUUUUCGCCUUCACAGCUUGAAAAACAUGCUCCCAUCAAUCACAGUAAGGGGCAUAAACACAGUCAAGCGUGUGAUUAACAACGAAAAAGAAGCGAAAACAAAUCACAAGAAGUACAAGCUGUUCGCCGAAGGCAGAGGGCUUCUAGAAGUGCUGGGGACUGAAGGAGUAGACGGAUGCAGAACCACAAGCAAUGACGUUCUGGAAGUGCAGAGGACGCUUGGGAUCGAAGCGGCGCGAGUCUGCAUCAUUGAGGAGAUAAAGAGCACGAUGAAACAACAUGGGAUGAACAUAGACUGCCGGCACAUGAUCUGCGUGGGGGAUGUGAUGACAUACAUGGGGGAAGUGCUUGGGCUGACGCGAUUUGGAGCGAAGAAAAUGGAGAAGAGUGUGAUUGCAUUGGCGUCGUUCGAGCAGGUGGCGGAUCAUCUGUUCAAUGGCUGUGUGAAUGGGAGAGUUGACGCGGUUAGAGGAGUGAGUGAGUGCAUAAUUAUGGGUGUGCCAAUUCGGGUUGGGACUGGAAUGUUCAACAUUAGAGAGGGAGGAUUUUCUGGUUCGGGAGCUCAUGAUUCAAAUGUCGAACUGCACUAUGGGCCAGGCUAGGUGGUUCCAAUCACUUGAGUUGAAGAAAGAAUGAUGAAUUUAUGAUUUUGUAGAACAUCUCAUUUCUGUUUUUGGGUAAUUUGAAUUUU